AUGCCAUCUUCGCCUUUAUCCGGGCCCGGGGGGGCCCCCGGGGCAGCAAAAGAGGCUGCGGGGGGGGGGGCCCCCGGGGGGCCCCCCGGGGGCCCCCUGGGGGGGCCCCCAGAACUCCGAGAACACUUUCGAAGGGGCCCCAAUGACUUCUGUUUUGUUUACAGCAAAAAGGAUUUGCCCCCAGAACCCUCAGACCCUUCUCUUCCCCCCCAAAUAACUAGCGAAGUCCCGGGCACAUUCGCAAACGACUCUCUAGUCCGUCGAAUCCCAAACGAAAUCAUCGGCAGAAUCUUCACAGAAAACGAAUCUUAUUUGCUGCAGCACCCCCGCAGCAAAGAGCUGCUGCUGCUGCUGCAGCAGGACAUGCGCGCAGCAGACAGUACCCCCGUGAAGCCCGUCGAGUGUUUCGGGGGGCCCCCGGGGGGCCCCCCAAGCCAGUGCCAACAUAGGGGGGCCCCCGGGGGGCCCCCCUGUGGGUACUGCAGCUACUGCGAGGCCCUUGAUGUUACUUUUUGGAAUGAAGUGUUGUUGGGGGAUUUUAUAAAAAAGAAAACUCCUUUAAGUCGAAUUCCCUGGAUUCUGGCGGAGGUUUACUGCUACAGGCGCAUGCUGCACGCGUUUGACUUUUACAACACUCUGUAUGACCCUUUUGCCCGUCAGAAGGCAGCAGCUCUUUCGACUGCUGCUGCUGCUGCUGCUGCUGCUGCUUACGCGCAGCAGGUGGUGGCGCUGCAGCAGCAGGUGCAGCAGCAGCAGCAGCAGCACGGCAGCGUAAACCCUAGAAGCUUCAAGAAGCAGCUUCGUGCUGCAGUGCUGACUUCUCUUGAGGGCAACGCGGGGGACUUGUCUCUGUGGCCGAAAGCCCUAGCAGCAGACCCCCAGCAGCAGCAGCAGCAGCAGCAGCAGCAGCAGCAGCAGCAGCAGCAGGAGCGCGAAGCAGCCCGCCAGGAGCAGCAGCAGGCGACUCCGGAGUGGCUUCUGGCGGACGACUUUGAGCUGUUUUUCUCCGACUUCUGCUGCGGCUCCAACACCAGCAGCAGCAGCAGCAGCAGCAGCAGCAGCAGCAGCAGCAGCAGCAGCAGCUGCCUGCUGUGGACGGACAACGCGGGGGAAGAGCUGCUGGCCGAUCUGCUGCUGGCCUCCGUUUUGCUGCUGACCAAAACCACCGCGAGGGUUUUCAUUUGUUUAAAACACCAACCCACUUAUGUGUCCGAUGCAACAAAAGUGGACUUGCUGCAAACCCUCGACUGGCUGCAGCAGAAAG